GCGCAGCUUCCGGGGCAGCCGCGGCCGUUCCGGGCGGCGGCGCGGGCGCCAUGGGGGUGACGAGACAGAAGCACGCGAAGAAGAUCAUGGGCUUCUACAAGCACAGCUUCCAGUUCCGCGAGCCCUUCCAGGUGCUGCUGGAUGGCACCUUCUGCCAGGCCGCGCUUCGCAACAAGAUCCAGAUCCGGGAGCAGCUGCCCGGGUACCUGGGCGGCGCCACGCAGCUCUGCACCACGCGAUGUGUCAUAAAAGAACUUGAAUCACUGGGGAAAGCACUGUAUGGAGCAAAAUUAAUUGCCCAGAGAUUUCAAGUUCGAAGCUGUUCUCACCAUAAGAAUCCUGUGAGUGGUUCAACCUGUUUACUUUCCAUGAUUGAAGAUGGCAACCCUCAUCACUUCUUUAUUGCCACACAGGACCAGGAGUUAUCAAACAAAGUGAAAAGGAAGCCUGGCAUUCCUCUCCUCUUUAUUAUUCAGAACACUAUGGUGCUAGACAAACCUUCUCCUAAAUCUUUGGCAUUUGUUCAAAAGUUGCAGACAAAUCAGCUUGUUCCAGAGUACCAAAAACAAAGUAUUGUGGAGCUUAAAGAAAAAGAAGGACUAGUAAAGCAAGAAGGUGAAAAGAGAAGAAAACGCAAAAGGGCAGGAGGCCCCAAUCCUCUCAGCUGUCUGAAGAAGAAAAAGAAGAAAACACAGGAGGGUCAGGAGCCUUCUGCUGAAAAGAAGAAAAGAAGAAAAAGAAAACGAAAUAGAAUUAAAGCAGAAGCCACGCAGUCAGUGCAGAAGAAUGAAGGAGAGUAAACCCAUCUUUGCAGACAAUACAGAACUCAAACAUUUUUUGAACUUUGGAAAAAAAAAGAUAGAUUAAUAUGCAAUCAUAUGAAAUUGAGAUGUUAAUAUUAAAAUUUAUUUUUAUGAGGUGGUACUGCUUAUUACUGUAUCUCGGUAUUUGUAGGUUAUUGUCGUAAUAAUUUAUUCUGUUAUUUAGUAUUGGGUUCGUAACAAAAUAUUUAAGAGCCCUUAUAUUUCAUUAUUCUCUCCAGCAUCAUGAUUUGUGUUAAAAUUCACAUGCUAUGUAGAAGUUUUUUAGAAAUGCUUCUUGGCCUUGAUAUGGAUUUCAGUGGGAUAUUAGACUUCUUCUAAAUCAAGGUUGCUGAUCUUCAUAAAACUAGUUUUUACAGUUGGCCUGUUAGAGAUUAUGAAACUGACCUAAUAUAAUACAAUAGCUUAUUUAUCUCUGUUUGAAUACAAAAGUUAACUCUUGCAAAUAGACUUCAUGCCCUCAAAAGCCCUGUCCCGCCUAAAUUUCUCUGUAAGCACCAUGUGAACCAAUACUUCUCUUGAUGUUGAUCUUUAUUUAUUAAGAAAAUCAUGGAGGGUGUGCAGUUGUGUUGUUAUUCCUGACAUUAUAAAAGCAUCUUCAGUCUUACCUA